AUGAACUUGGAGGGGGUAGGCAACGAGGUGAGGUGUCGCGCCUUCCCGGUCACUUUGGCAGGACCUGCAAUACGGUGGUUCAACAGCCUCCCUCAGUGUUCCGUUGCCAAAUUUUCGGAUAUUAGCUGCACUUUCUUGGCCCAAUUUACCACCCGCAUUGCAGAGGCGAAACAUCCAAUCAACCUACUUGGGGUGACACAGAAGUCAGGAGAGCCGACCAGAAAAUACCUAGACAGGUUCAACGACGAAUUUUUGGAGAUUGACGGCCUAACCGAUUCAGUGGCCAGUCUUUGCUUGACGAAUGGACUUCUGAAUGAGGAUUUCAGGAAGCAUCUCACCACGAAGCCAGUGUGGACAAUGCAAGAAAUUCAAAGCGUGGCAAGGGAAUAUAUCAACGAUGAAGAAGUCGGUCAAGUGGUGGCUGCCAACAAGCGGCAGCUGCCUACAAUCAACCUCGGCAGCACAGCGGCAGGGAAAGGCUGA